AUGCUAUUAAAUUAAAUUGGAGUAAUUUUCUUCAACGUGGCAUUCUUAAGUUUGAUAUUGGGAUAGUUUAAAGGAUCCAUCUAAAAGAUUUUAUACAUUUUAAUAGUUGCUCUUGAAAUAUACAUAUAUCUAACAUACAAGCCAAUUAACUUUUAUGAGGAGUAUAAAGUAAAAUUGUUUAGAAAUUAUUAGAUAACAAGAAAAUUUGAGUAGAGUGAAUUAAGAUAGGCUUACAAGAGAAUUAUGCUUGAUUAUCAUCCUGAUCGUAAUACUCAAAUAACAUCAGAAUAAUUUAAUUACUUGAAAAGUAUAAAUGAAAUACUAAAAUCUGACGAGGCAAGAUUAUGUAUAGACUAUUCUUAUUUUAGUAUAUGAUUAAUUUGGGGUUGUAGUAGAAAGCAAUAUUAAUCCAUUACCAACAAUAAUAUAUAGAAUAAAAUUAACAAGAAUAUUCUUCUACAUGAUUAUAUUUUUGAUAUAGCUUGUAAAUACUUAAGAGUCGAAGAAUCAAUCAAAAUAUUUAAUAUUUUUAAUUCUCAUUUUAGGAUAUGUAGAUUUUUAAUUAGUUGAAUAACCAUAAUAUUUUUAAAAUUCUAGUUUCUUUGCAUCAUUACCAUUAUUUGAAUUUUUGAAUAUUUAUAGAAUAGUUGUUACAAUCAUCAUAUCAUAAUAAUUGGCAGAUAUUAGAAAUAAGUAAAUAAAUAGAAAUAAUUAACUAAAAUAAUUGGAAUUAGGUACUAUCAAUGAAUUAGUAAAAGAACAUUAGGAAUUCCUUUAAUCUCAAAAUUCAACCAAAUAAAAAUUUUUAAAUGGAUUUCUAAUGAUAGGAUUGACUUUGUAUUCAUUAUCUAGCUUUUUAGAUAUUUAAGCUUUAAUUUUGAAAACCCUUAAUUACAUUUAAGAAAGAAGGUAGGAUUUGUGA